UCUUUUCAGUUCUUAUUGGAAGCAACAAUAGUCUUUGUUUGAGAUCUUCUACCAUUCUUAUUAGGGCUACCCAAGGGAGGAGGGGGCAUUUCUCCAUAGUAACAAUGACAAAACAAGGCAGCGCCACACGAGGCGGGCAGAGCGAGUGUUGAAGCUCGGUGGCGGUACAAGGAGGAGCGCAAGAGGAGCUCUGGACAUAGUUUGACGACCGGCCUCAAAACUGGAAGGCGACACAUGAGGGUCACCAUCCUGCACAAGUCCUCUCCCAGCUCCCAGCAUGGACCGUGACAGCCACAGUGAGGACACCUUGUCCACCAUGGUCCUGGAAAACAUCAAGAACAAACUGAUUGAUGCCUUCAGGGCCAGUGGAGAAUCUCGAGAAGAUCCACGCGAGGAUGAGGCCGCCCGCGCGAGGCGGCUCAGCAUCAGCAGGAGUCAUCAAGCCAACGAGGAGCUGAGGAGGGCGCAGAUAGACGGAGCCAUCACUUGGCUGAGGUCUGAACUGUUGGAGAUGCGCUCACAGGACCUCCAGCUGGCUCAAACGCUGCUGGGACUCAACACAGAGAUCCAAAGACUGAGGAGGGAGAGUUACAGAGGUGUGGAGGAUGCAGGAGAUCAUCAGCAGUGAAUACCGGAGGGCCGAUAAAAGUGCUGAAACAUUCUGAUGCUUUGUGAGAUUGGAAUACUGUGCUUUUCAAUGAUGAUUGGAUGUAUGGCUGAGUAAUGGUCUGUUAUAAUAAAGAUGAAAUAAAUGGACAUCAAUUGCAUAGCAAGUAAGCCAGUCAAGAAAAAAAAAGGCUGAAUUUGUACGAUUUUUUUCCAUGAUGUUUUGCACUUCCAUUUUAUUUCCUUAAGGUGAUGGGAUAAGAAGACACUUUGGUUAUAUGACAAACAAACAAAAUCACCAUUGCUGUUUCCAUAUCUUUAUUGU